UGAAUUAUGUAUAGCUUUGGCAUUUUCAUUGCAAUACAUCCGGUCAUGCGUCCUAUGUUGGAUGUUAGUAAUGGCACAUCACAUGUACACUCAAUUUAGUACAAAUCUGCACCUAACGCCCAUCACGGACAACUCCAUCGGAAAACGAUUUCUGCGAUACUCUGUGUUUGCUUGGGGACUACCAGCGGUGUUGUUAGGAGCAAGUGUAAUCGUUCAAUACAGAGAAAAGGGUGGAAAAAUCCUGGAUACUGCAAGUUUGAAAGAGCAAAAUUGUUGGUUUUUAGAUAAGAACGCCUUCAUUUAUGGUUUAAUCCUGCCAUCAACUCUUCUAGCUUUAACAACCUUCAGCUAUUUAAUCCGAUCGGCUUUAGUAGCAAGAUACGUGGUAAACAUGCAAGUGGAUAAAAAGCUUCGAGAUAAGAUGAAGCGGAAGCGUAAACUCCAGCUGUUGCUCUUCACAAAGAUAACGCUACUUUUGGCUUUAAUAAUUACAUUGGGUGCUUUAACGAAAUUAAUUCGUUCGGAAAUUUUAUGGAUUUCUUAUCAUGUUGGGCAAGGUUUGCAAGGAAUUUUCGUCGCAAUGAUGGUUACUUGUAAUUGCCAAGUUUUGAAAUUGUAUACCAGGACGUUUAAAUCAAGAGGACCCAGACAAGGUACGAGUACUUUCGGAAAUAUCGUACCAAGCGCAAAAACUUUGCUUGGAAAAGGAGUCUCAAUUUCGAAAUCAACAAGUUUGCAAUUAUUAACAUGGGAUCCAACACCCGAUCCUGUAUAAACGAUUAAAAAUUAAACGUUAAAUCUUACUCUGUAUAAAGAUUAUGUUAGAAUUGCAAAAAAAAUUGAAUUUGUUAGCUAAAAAUAAUUAUUUUUUAGUAUGUAAAUAGAUGUUUUAUACAUAUCCGUGUAAAUAAAUUAUAUUCUAAUAAAGAUUUUAUGUCGGAUAUGA